GACAGCUAGUGUGGGUUAUUGAAUUACUUUUGCUUGCACCCACAUAACUUCCCGUUAUAUGUUAAAAAUUUGGUUGUUUAAUAACCUUUAAAUAUAAGGUGGACCACUUUAAGAUACAUAAAACCGUGUAUUAGAUACAAAAUGUCACACCAAACGGGAAUUCAAGCAAACGCAGAAUUAAAGAAGUAUUUAAGCAAAUGUAGAGAUGGAAAAAUUAGAUUAUUAAAAAUAAGCAUAGAGAAUGAGGAAUUAACAUUAGCGAAAUAUCAGUCAGUCAAAGGAUCAUUUGAACACGAUUUUGAUAAAUAUAUACCAUCCAUGAUUGUAGAAGAUCUUCCAUGUUACAUAUUAUAUAGGUUCGACACGACUAAUUCCUUGGGAUACGAGUGGCUUUUACUCAGUUGGUCUCCAGAUAGUGCCCCCGUGAGACAGAAAAUGUUGUAUGCAUCAACAAAAGCAACCCUCAAGCAAGAAUUUGGUUCAGCACACAUUAAAGAUGAAAUGCAUGCUACAAGCAAGGAAGAAGUAUGUUUGAAAGGUUAUCAAAUUCACGUCAGCGGUGUCAACGCACCAGCUCCCCUCACUGAUAGGGAGGAAGCCUUGAAGGAAUUACAACAAAGUGAGCAUGAUCCAAACUAUGGCACAGACUCGAGACAAUCGACAAUGGGAGGAAUAUCGUUUCCUAUCACAGAAUCAGCUAAACAGGGUAUUCUUGAUCUCCAACGUGGUUCCUAUAACUAUCUACAGUUUAAAAUAGAUUUAGAAGAUGAAAAAAUUUGCCUAUCAAAGGCGGCUAUAAUAAGUCUGACCGAGUUACCGGCGCAGGUUCCAAGUGACCAAGCGAGAUAUCACUUAUACAUAUUUAAACACACACAUGAAGGUGACCAUAUGGAAAGUGUAGUAUUCAUCUACUCGAUGCCCGGGUACAGCUGCAGUAUAAAGGAACGUAUGAUGUACUCGAGUUGUAAAGGACAAUUCCUAGAAAUCAUUGAAAAGAUGGGCCUCGUAGUGGAGAAAAGGCUGGAAAUAGACGACGGUAAGGAAUUAACAGAAGAAUAUUUGUAUGACGAAAUUCAUCCAAAGAGGAAUUUGCAUCGGCCGGCUUUCGCAAAGCCAAAAGGUCCCCCGAACAGAGGAGCGAAAAGGAUAACAAAAACACAGGCAACGCAAUAACUUGUUAAUAUUUCUUAUAAUUUCCUUAAAUAUAUCUAAGCUAUCGUGUUUCUAAAAUGUACUUUUCUUCGAAAAUGUAAUUGUGAUAUCAGAAUAUUUUUAAAACUAUAUAUAAUGCUUGUAAAAAGAUUUAUAAAUGGCUGGAAACAAAUAUUUUGGCAAAAAAAACACACAGCAAAAAAAAACUAUUAAAAUUUUAUUAUUACCUACAUUAUGUAAUCAAAUGAAUUAGUGCUUAUUAUUGUAUCCAUAUAAAGUAAAUUGAUUUAACGUUACAAUAUUUACAAUUUAUUUUGAAUAAAUUUAAACUGAUUUGUAAUCGCGAAUUUUUUUUUGCUAAAGGUAAAAUGAAAUCAGAAUAAAAUGGCACGAGAUAGGCUGCCAUUUGUAAAUUUUUUUUGACAUAUGUUAUAACGAAAUUGCUU